CUUGUACCUUAGCCAUUGACUCUAGAAUCAGCUGCAUGGCUACCAUUCUAAUUUAUUUCCCACUGUCCAUUCAUUCCUGCUCUAUUUCUCUUUUCCUUUCCUCUCCCAUCCACAAUAGACCUACUGAAUGUGGUGGUUGCAACAAUACUUAAAUACCCAUCAUCCUACAGCAAUUCAUCUACCUUCCUGCAACCUACACCUUUUCAACUCCAGACCCUAAAUACAACCUACAACAUCUCAAUUACAGACCCGAAUACAUCCUCCAACAGAUACCUAAACAUACAAACACAGACGCCUAAAAUAUCAUUGAUAUAUCCCUACAACACAUCAUCUCAUCCCGAGAUCAACGCUUGUAGCGUAUCGCUAUUACUGUUUCCACACUCAUUACGUUUUCUAGAACAACCAGCCGUCAACAGUCUCAUAAAUAUUCCUAGUACUCGAACAGACUGCUUUAUCGCACUUUCAUCAAUUUCAUUUUUCAAUACAUUCGCUCCACUAGCAGCUACAGGUUCGUGACGCGCCCUCCACUCUAUAGCUACAACCUCAACGCCGACACUGAUAUUAAUGCUAACGUCGGGAUUCAGCCACGGUAUCAAAAUGUCGUCGACUGGAGUAGUUUCGAUGUUGGAGAGCAGCAUGACCCAGCUGUCUUUGAAAUGGGUGGGCAUGACACUUGAAAAGAUUCUGCCACAGCACGGCUUCGUCUUCCGAGAAGGCCAGAAGAUUUUCAACCAGCAAGAAGACGAGGAGCACAUCAUCAAGGCUCUUCAGGUCUUGUCGCCCGAAAUGGACAAGCAUACUAUCGACUUGUCUCUCGCCGGUAUCAUCAACCGUGCCAUUGGAGUUAGAGAAACCUUCCCUACCCGAAACUACUACUCACACCCUUGCAACGAGUCUUUGUUCGAGAACGCUCGAAUGAGAUCUAUGUGGGCGGCCGACCUUCCGAACGGUCUGAUCUCGACACUCUUAGAAGCCAUGAUCCACGCUCGCCGCGUCUACAUCAAGAUUACGCACUACCGAGGGAUCCUCGCAGGGGACAAGGGCAAGCCGGAGAGCUGCCUCGCCAAAGCAGUAGAUGGAUGGCUCCAAGACAAGCCAGUCUCCAAGGCCGAUCGGAUCUACGCCCGAACUUCACCACUUCAUGUACAAUUCCUCAUCAACAAGCUCAUGGACCGAGAGCCCGAGGAUAUGGAUUGGGACCACCUGUCGGACGGCGUGUCCGACUAUGAAGACUCGGACAAGGAGAACAAGGAUCCAAGAGACUACGGAAGCGAGGACGAGAACGACCCUUGGGUUCCCCCCCGCGACAACGCGAAGAAGAACAAGAUUACCAAGAUCACGAAGGUUGGGAAGGUUACGAAGGCUUCAAGUCAUGGGAAAACCCGCCGCUACGCUACUAAGCGUGGAACCUUACAAGAAUCUCGCCGUGCGGGUAAUCUCAACGGAAACAAGAUAUCCUAUAAACCAUUGGCGCCGAUCAACUACCUCACUCGAUGGAUGCGAGUAUAGGUAGUGAAGGGAGUGGAUGAAGGUGUACUUGGGAGUUUGGGGUUUGGAGUUGGG